AUGAAACUCUCUGUCGCAUUUACCGUGGCUGCGAUCUUGGCCCCGGUGUACUCUCUCCCAAUUAAACGUGCCAUCGACCCCGCUCUGGUACCGGAUUUCGGCCAUGCCGCUGGAGUGAACCCAACAGGAACUGGAGAUUGUGAUGGAGCUGUCAACGAUGCCAGCGGGAAACCCAUUAAGGUCCCUUGUGCUUGUCCCCCAGACCGCAACUCUUUCAUUCAGGCCCUGGAUGCGAAUGUGGCUGCUGGAAAGGCAGUCAACAACCCAUCAGUCAAGGUUACAUUCCCUACGGACAACAGCAAAGAGUCACAAAUCACCAGAAUAAACGCUGCCCUUGUUACGUUGCAGAAUCUCAAUGGACCUGGGAAAGGAUGUCCCGCGUCUUCUACUACGCUUUUGGCUCAACAGAAGGCGAUUGCCGAUGGCACUGCUCCUCCUGCUCCUCCGUCAGCACCUCCCGUACCGGCACCCGCAGCCCCUGCUGCUGCACCCGCACCACCAGCAUCUGCAGGAGGCGUGGAUCCCGCCCUAGUACCGGACCUUGGCUUCCAAUCCGGUUUGAACCCAACUGGAACCGGUGACUGUGACGGAGCUGUGAAUGGUGCAGAUGGCAAACCAAUCAAGAUUCCCUGUGCAUGCCCUCCUGAUCGUGAUACAUUCAUCAAGUCCUUAAACGCCAACGUCGCCGCUGGCAAAGCUGUCAACAACCCCUCCGUUGCCGUAACAUUCCCCACGGACAACUCCAAAGAUUCUCAGCUCGCACGCAUUCAAGCUGCUUUAGUGACAUUGCAGAAUCUCAACGGACCUGGGAAGGGCUGUCCGGCAGUGUCAACGACUUUGCUUGCUCAGCAGAAGGCGAUCGCGGCGGGCAAUGCAGCGCCAGCUCCUGUCCCAGCCCCCGCCCCAGCCAAUCAAGCGGCAACUGUGACCGGUGGUGUGGACCCUGCUCUUGUCCCCGACCUUGGAUUCCAAUCCGGCCUGAACCCUACGGGUACUGGCGACUGCGAUGGUGCCGUCAACGGCGCAGAUGGCAAACCCAUCAAGAUCCCUUGCGCCUGUCCUCCCGAUCGUGAUGCUUUCAUCAAGAGCUUGAAUGCGAACGUUGCCGCAGGCAAGGCUGUUAACAACCCAAGCGUCGCCGUGACUUUCCCUACUGGCAACUCCAAGGAAGAUCAACUUGGCCGUAUCCAAGCUGCUUUAGUGACUUUGCAGAACCUGAACGGCCCUGGUAAAGGGUGUCCUGCUGUGUCGACUACAUUGCUAGCACAGCAGAAGGCUAUCUCUGAAGGAACUGCUGCUCCUGCUCCUGCGCCUGCGCCUGCUCCUGCGCCUGCACCUGUGCCUGCGCCUGUACCAGCCGCUCCCGCUAGCGGUAACGCUGGCGGCGUCGAUCCCGCCCUCGUUCCCGAUCUUGGUUUCACCGCCGGCUUAAACCCCACUGGCACUGGUGAUUGUGAUGGCGCUGUCAACGGUGCAGACGGCAAACCUAUCAAGAUCCCUUGUGCUUGUCCCCCUGACCGUGACACUUUCAUCAAGAGCUUGAACGCGAACGUUGCUGCAGGCAAGGCCGUCAACAAUCCCAGCGUAGCCGUGACUUUCCCUACCGGCAACUCCAAGAACGAUCAACUCGGUCGUAUUCAAGCCGCUCUGGUCACUUUGCAGAAUCUGAACGGACCUGGGAAAGGAUGCCCCGCCGUCUCAACUACAUUACUCGCGCAACAGAAGGCUAUCUCUGAGGGUACCGCUCCUCCUGUAGCUGCUCCUGCCCCUGCGCCAGCGCCGGCUCCCGCGCCAGCGCCAGCGCCUCCUGCCAGCGGAAACGCCGGUGGUGUUGAUCCCGCCCUCGUUCCCGAUCUUGGCUUCACUGCUGGCUUGAACCCAACCGGCACCGGGGACUGCGACGGGGCUGUAAACGGUGCAGAUGGCAAGCCUAUCAAAAUCCCUUGCGCCUGCCCUCCCGAUCGCGACACCUUCAUCAAGGCUCUCAAUGCGAACGUUGCUGCAGGCAAGGCCGUGAAUAACCCGAGUGUUGGCGUCAGCUUCCCUACCGAUAAUUCUAAGCAAUCGAAGCUCGCACGGAUAGAGGCGUCGUUGGUGACGUUGCAGAAUUUGAAUGGGCCAGGAAAGGGGUGCCCUGCUGUUUCGACGACUUUGCAGGCACAGCAAAAGCAGAUUGCAGCACAGUGA